AUGUACAAAGCCAGAGACUCUCUGCUGCCAGCAGCUCUACAACAGCUCUACAGCAGCUCUACAGCAGCUCUACAGCAGCUCUACAACAGCUCUACAGCAGCUCUACAGCAGCUGUACAACAGCUCUACUACAGCUCUACAGCAGCUCUACAGCAGCUGUACAACAGCUCUACAACAACUCUACAGCAGCUCUACAGCAGCUCUACAACAGCUCUACAACAACUCUACAGCAGCUCUACAACAGCUCUACAACAGCUCUACAACAGCUCUACAGCAGCUCUACAGCAGCUCUACAACAGCUCUACAGCAGCUCUACAACAGCUCUACAACAGCUCUACAACAGCUCUACAACAGCUCUACAGCAGCUCUACAACAGCUCUACAGCAGCUCUACAACAGCUCUACAACAGCUCUACAGCAGCUCUACAACAGCUCUACAGCAGCUAGACGAUGGUGCACAGUAA